AUGGCUCCAACCAAUUAUGCCAAGGACGAGAAGGUCCUUUGCUUCCAUCACGACAUUUUAUACGAGGCCAAGAUCCUCGAUGUGCGGCACAAGGAUGCCUCGGAUAAGAAGAGCCCGUUCGAGUACCUGGUGCACUAUAAGGGCUGGAAGAACACCUGGGACGAUUGGGUCCUUGAAGACCGGCUGCGCAAGUGGAGCGAUGAGAACCGUGAGCUUGCUGCCAACAUACGCCGUGAGGCUGAAGCUUCCCUUCGGGCGAAGAACGUGAAGCCUGGGAGCACGACAAAGAAGCGGGCCAUGUCGGAGCGCAGUUCUGUGCGAGACAGCGAGGAGCGUGGUGUCUCUGUCUCUGGUCGGGGUGGCAACAAGCGUGUCCGAGAAAAUGAUAUUGAAAGAGAAGAGACAUUCCAGGCUCGCCCCUCCAUCCGAAUUGUGAUGCCCGACAAUAUAAAAUCACUGAUUGUCGAUGACUGGGAGCGCGUCACCAAGAACGGUUCCGUUGUUCAGCUGCCUCACGCCAAGUCUGUCUACCAAAUCCUUCAGGAUUGGCGCGCCGAGGAGCUUCCCAAACGCCACCACGUCGACGUCAGCGUCAUGGAUGAAGUUAUCGCCGGCCUGUCCGAGUACUUCGAGGUCGUCAUUGAUAAACUCCUCCUUUACCGCUACGAGCGCCACCAGUACCGAGUCCUGAAGAAGAAAUACUUCAACAACAAGGACAAGACUCCCCUGCAUGUCUACGGUGCUGAGCACCUUAUCCGACUGAUGAGCCUUCUCCCGGAGCUCUUGGCGCAAACAAACAUGGAAUACAAGAGUACGGGCCGUUCACAUGAGGAGCUUUCAAAAUUCUCUAUCUGGCUCAGCCGUAAUUCGGAGAAAUACUUCCUCACCAAGUAUGUACCUGCGAAUGAAAUCGAUGAGGAGGACUGA